AUGGAUCUGGUGCUCCAAGUCGCUGACGACCUUGUCCUAGACAAAGUUUGGGCUACUCUUCUACCUGUGACCGCAUUUACAGCAUCCUACGGCGAGGCUGCACUAGUCAACGCGUCCUCACACAUUCCUAUUGUCUCUACAGAUUCCACAACAUGGUCGCAUCUGAUAUCAUACAUUCCUCAUCCACCGCUGCCUGUUGAACUCGUGUCUUCGUCGCUCUGCUCAUCAUCCCUUUCGUCCGCAUGGCCUCGCGAAUACAUGCCGCGGCAACUUAUCUCCUUGUUCGUGCUCACUCUCAUCGGCGUCCACUUCCUGUAUUUCAGCGCCGCGUGGUUGUCGUAUCUCUUCGUGUUUAACCGCGAGAUGAUGAAGCAUCCAAAAUUCCUGAAGGACCAAAUCAAGCUCGAGAUUCAAAUGAGCCUCAAGGCGUUCCCAGCUAUGACCCUUUUUACAAUGCCAUGGUUCGAGGGGGAAGUAUUGGGAUACUCGAAGCUCUACGAUAACGUAGAGGACUACGGAUGGCCUUACUUUUUCGCAUCGAUAUUCUUUUUCCUCGUGUUCACGGACUUCUGCAUUUACUGGGUCCACCGCUGGGAACACCAUCCUAUCUGCUACAAGUGGCUGCACAAGCCUCAUCACAAGUGGAUCAUCCCCACCCCGUUUGCGUCUCACGCCUUCCAUCCUCUCGACGGUUAUUUCCAGUCGAUCCCCUACCACCUUUUUGUCUUUCUAUUCCCUCUGCAGCGGUUGUUAUACCUCGGUCUCUUCGUUUUCGUGAACUGCUGGUCGAUCUCGAUCCAUGAUUCGGACAUGAUCACCGGUCAUCCCCUGGAAAAAGUCAUUAACGGCCCAGCCCACCAUACAUUGCAUCAUAUGUACUUCACCGUUAACUACGGUCAGUACUUCACCCUUGCUGACCGGUUAGGCCGUUCCUACCGCCAGCCCGAGUCGCAGUUGGAUCCUCUGCUCGAAGUCAAGGCUAGCGAGGAGAAGAAGCAAAAGGCGAAGAAUGAGUGA